AAUGCAAUCAACAGUAUAUUUAUUAUUUUUAUUAUCUAUUGAAUUUAAUUUAUGAAAAUUAUAAUUUUUAUUUGCAAUGAUUGAACCUGAAGAUUAUGAAGAUGACACAGUUGUGUUUGAGGGUUCAGCAUUACACAGCCACCUGAAGAGUCUCCAUCUCAUUGAAAAUGAUCUGGACCAUCCCAGCCUAUCAUAUUCUGUACAAACAUCACAUUUACCUCAAUGUGGGAAGAAUUCUGAGAAAUCUACGCUUCCUCCUAUAUUUUCUUGGAGGAAGCUCAUAAAUGCUGGUGUGUCAUAUAUUUCUUCUCUCUUUACAACACUCUCUGCAAAAUAUCUACACAUAGAACAGCUGCAGGAAGAGGUUCUGCAUAACUUGGCUCUCCUCAUUUGCUCUAAAGGACUCCUGACCCACGAUGACAGGCUUCAUCUGUAUUACUUUUCUCCAGUUUUCUCCCGGUUGGUGGAGGAGCCUGAAUUGUUGGAUCUCAUCCAGCAACAAGAAUCAAACUCAAUUUCUUCUUUGCUGAGCUCCAUUAAACCGUGCAAGAAAAUGGGAGCUCUUCUCCUUGCUGCUGCUGUGACAGCCAUCUUUGCUCAUCUCUUGGAGCUCAGCAAGAGACAUAACAUACAAAUUCUUUCUGCAUGCUGUUGGAGGGCUGCUUCUGCCAGCUGUUUGCUCUGGGCUCCAGCUCUGCUGUCCUGCGUCACACUGUAUUUUGUCAGAGCUGCAGUGCAGCAGCGCUACAGGCAGAGCUACGCCGGCGUGAGUCGGUGCUUGCAGAGCCUCGCUGCGCUGCAGACCUCCUGCCUGCCGUCCGCCUUCAGUGCUGCUGCAGACGCGGCGCUGCUCCUGUCACCUGCAGAUCCUGGCACCUCGCAGCUGGCGACGCGCGUUGACCGCGAGGCGGCGCGGCUGCAGGAGCUGCUGCACGCCGUCCUCUGCGCCGCCCUGGACGCCGUCGCCCCCGACGCUGCCUGCCAGCUGGGGGAGGAACUUCCUUGUGGCCUCACGUGGCAGACAACUAAGAAAAUGAAGCGAGACCUAGAACUCCACGUGUCGGCCCUCGCUCGGGAUCUACUGCUGGAAGCGGAGAAGAUCAAUCGUAGGACGGAUUUCCGCUCCAUCAUCGACAAAACUUUCGGAAGUGGCUCCUUGUUGAGUUUGUUGGACGCAACUAGCCGACCCUUGUUAAAUGUCAUGCCAGAAAUUGACGCGUUAGUCAACACCAUCUCGGGCCAAGUAGGACUCUUGCGCCACUGCUGGUUAUACUCCGAGGACGAAAGCAAACCUCGUCAUCAGCAGCCUGCAGAAGAAGUUUCCUCUGCUGCUUCUCUGACCCACCGCAUGCGAGCUUGCUUGCUCUUGCUGGAUGACCUCAAGCCUCUACUUGAAAAUUUAUCCUCAAUAUAUUCAUCGUUCCCUACAAACGAAGCUUCACCAGACAAGCUGUUGAUCAUAAAUCAAACGUACGAUGAUAUUCAAACUAAAUAUUCUAAAAUUAAUGAUGAGCUGAAACUAUGUCAGUUUGAUGCAGAUGUUUUAGGGUCGAGCUUGUCGUCUCGAAAGUUGCGUUUGCUGGGACGUUGUGGUGUGAUGAAGAACACCAACGCAGACACAACAGGUGCGGCGUCAGUACCUGAUGUCGCUCCAAACGCGUCGACCUGCCAUGCUGAGGAUUUGAACAUAAUUCCUUUCAUGCCUCAUGUUGUAGAAGACGAAUUCUUUGAAGCCACGACCGAUGGCGUUGAUGAUAACGUCGAAGAAACUACUGUUUGGUCCGCGGAUUUUGAGCAGGAAGAGCAGAUCAGGAAGCACGUCAUAGCGUGCAACAGGCGCGUGCUUACCGAACUCCAGCCAAUCCUCAGUAAAAAGAAAGAAGAAUUUAAAAAUCGGGAAGAGAAAGCCAGGAUACGUAUGAAGGAUGAACGCCUGGACCAACGUGCUAGUUGGCAGCGUACGGAGCCAAGUGAGGUCCUAGCGGCGUCUGAUGGACCUGGGGGCGUCUCGAGCCUGGAAGUAUUAAACGUGGGCGACGCAGCGGCUGCUUUGGACGCCUCGAAGACCGCAGGCUCGUCAUCGCCCGUCUUGCGCACCGACGGAAAGAAACAAUCAAUAGACGCGGUUCAUACGCGAGAUUCGUUGUCAUCUCUAGCUAAGAAAAGUGAAUUGCAUUCCAAACAAUAUCACCAAUCUAUAAGUGCUUGUGAAAGCAUCCACAAAAUAAAAGAUGAUCAAUUCAGUCAGGCUUCAGAAAGUAACGAGCCUCAUAUUCCUGUCAACAACAAAUGUGUGGUGAAACCGUUAGUUGAUCAUUCUGGCCUUACAAUGUCAAAUGAACAAGAUGGAUUUGUUUAUGAGAGUGCGGAUGUGCCGAUCAAACAUGAUAUUGCUGCUGAUGGCUGCUUAUCUAAGCUCGAAGAAUUCAUAUCUGAUCCCAACUUGGACGACACAGGCGGUGAGUUGGAGUGGCGAAUGCCCGGUAAGCCUAGAGACCUUAAGGAACGCCUGAAAUUGAUGAUGGAGAACCAAAGACGAGAACAUAGUGAUGCUGGUCCGGACGAGGACGUCACCUACGAGUCAUGUGGCGGCAGUCGCUUCCAUUCUCUGCUGGCGGCUGAAGCGGUGCGUCUGUCGAGUAGGUUUGGUGGCGAGGUCGAAACAUUCGGGGGCGAGGGCGAGGGCGAAGAAACGCUCGGGGACGAAUCAGACGCCAGCAGUGAGGAGGGCGCUAGCGAGAAGCCGGGUGGGCAAAGUGAAUUAUGAUAUUUACUUUCAAUUUGAGCCGAAGGGACUUUCACUGUUGAAAUAAUUGUUCCUUCGAACAAUAAUUAUUAAUUGUUCCUUCGAAACCAUAGAAGUCAUGUGACGGCUUCUCGUCGUGGCUUUGUUGGCUAUUUGUUAUCGCGUGAUUUACCACAACAUAAUUGAUCGAUGAUUAUACUUUAUGCUAUAUAUGUUAUGAUAAUGUGAUGAUGAAAUAAUGUGCGAUUCUUGUUUAUAAAUCUUUUUGUAAA